ACAAUGGGAAUUGAUAAAAACAAAAAUAUAGUAAAUUCGAGUGCACCGUGCCGUAUAUUGCAAGAGCUGGAAUUAAUAAACCAUUGGUGUUUGGGAAUGAUAUACUAUAUUAAAAACGUGUACAAUUUCUUUGGAAAAUGUAUGUGAGGGGCAUAGAAGCUAUAAAGCAAUAUAUGCCUCAAGAUAACUCUCAGAUUUCUGCAAAUAUAAAAGAAGAGCGAGGAGAAGAACUAAGUACAACCAACACAAUGUCCUCGGCUGAACGGUAUAGAGAAGAAUGGGAGAAUCUGUUGAAAUACCUGGAUGACGACCCAGAAUAUAUACGUGAACAAGCAUUUGAAGGGGAUUUGAAAAUUUCAAAGUUUCGCAGUAUUUAUUGGUCAUUAUUGCUGCGGGUUUUGAAUACAGAUUACCGCAGCUGGAAGGAACAACGAGUGAAGCAAAGAAAACGUUAUGACAAACUCAAAGAUGAAUUUAUAAAAGAUCCGCAUGAUAUUGAUAUGCCUGAUGAUAAUCCACUAUCGCAAUCGAAAGAGAGCGUGUGGAACCAAUAUUUCAGUGACCAGGAACUAUUUGCUGUUAUAAGCCAAGAUGUUAUCCGUACUUUUCCUGGUGUGGACUUCUUCCGUAAAAAAAUUAUACAAAAUGCUAUGUGUAACAUCCUUUUCUAUUAUGCGCGUGAGCAUCCUUACAUGAGUUACCGCCAAGGUAUGCACGAAAUUCUCGCCCCUAUAUUAUUUGUAUUAUAUGGGGAUCAGCAGUCACUGCUACAUUUUUUGGAAAUAUCGCAGCAUCAGAGUGAGCUUCUGUUGAACGUGCUUGAUGCCAAUUAUUUAGAAGCUGAUUCUUAUUCAAUAUUCUCGCGGUUGAUGUCAUCUAUUGAGUCUUACUAUCGGAUAAAGAAUUUCGUGCAGCCACCAAAUGAUUUCGUUGCAGCGGAUGGUGAUUCGGGUAAAGCAUUUGAGACUGGGGUGGAAAUUAUAAGUCAGCUGAAUUCCAUUCGCGAAAAAAUUCUUGCCAAAGAAGACUUGCACUUGCAUAAUUACCUCCUGAAGCUCGAUAUACCGUUACAUGUGUUUGGAAUACGAUGGCUUCGUCUGCUAUUCGGCCGAGAAUUCGCACUUAUUGAUUUAUUGGUAUUUUGGGAUGCAAUUUUCGCUGACAGCGAUCAUUUCGAGUUGCCAAAAUAUAUUCUAGUGGCAAUGUUAAUACGAAUUCGAGAUAAACUGCUCUUAAGUGAUCAAACAACUUGCCUUACCCAUUUAAUGCGUUAUCCGACCAACGUGGAUGUGAAUUUGAUUCUACGUCACGCAUUGCACAUGCUUACGCCGCAAAAAUUUGAACGUCCACCAAAUAUUUUUGUUUACUUCAAAACGAAGAAGCAAAUUACGGGCACAUCACCAAAAACGGGAGUGAAAGCAACGUUACAAAGUUUGCGGAAAUUAAGUGGUACUUCUAAUAACACAGAUUCUUCUAGCAAACAGCAAAGUGUGCCAGUUUAUACUAGGGAUAAUUUUGCUAGGUUAGAGCAAGAAAUAGCAAAACUACAAACAAGAAAUGCUGCGGACUCUGCAGCUAUUUCUCGGUUAAGGAAAGACGCGCUUCUCGAAGAGGCAAGCGCCAUCGCUGAGGGAUAUUCAAAAAAUAGUCAAGAACUUUUGAAUUUGGAAUUGAAGAAUGCUCAAACAAUAAUCUCUAUAGCACGACACAAACUUCAAACAUAUGUAACAACUAUUAAGGAUCAUCUUCCAAGAAACAGCUCAAAAGAGUUAUUACAAGCAGUGGAUGGUAUUGAUGAAACUUGCAGUUUUCUCGAUGUAAAAUUUAUGUUUCCAAUACAUGUGGCCAGAGCUCCAAUUGACGAAGCGCUGGAAGCCAAUGAACAAGUUAAUUUGACAAAAGGCCGUUGGAAAAACCAUACCAGUGGAGAAAGUAUAUCUAUGGCGGAUGUAGGCUCCAUUAUAGAUGGCGCCACUGAAAAGGAGCUUUCAAGUGUUGCAGAUGAAGUCUCAUUUGCUGCAAGUGCAGUGGUUGGUGUGAAUUCUUACGAGCGACCCGAAGACAAUGUCUCACCGACAUCGUCUUGUUUGCUUGGUGGCAUUCGUGAAAUCGAACUGUUAACCAUUGCACCGUCCGAAUGUGUGCUUGAACCUAUCAAUGCCAGUCAACAGAAUAUUGAGUUGAAUCAAGAAAAUGAUCUACACAAUGAUAGUAGCAUAUCUCAAAACCCUUGACAACAUAGCAAAUGACUAUGGAUUUGUGGAAUAUAUACAAACACACAUAUCCUUAUCAUGCAGAUGUUACGUAUAGUGAUAUUCGAUUAAACGUUUAAGCAUAUUGCUUAAGUAUAAAAUACUAAACAUCUACGACUAUCUGCCCAUGUUCACAAAAUCUUUUUAAUACUUUAUUUGCUUAAUUUUAUGUUCUCAUAUUAAUCAGGGCAAAAUUUUAACAUUUUUGGUAUAUAAUUUAGUCACAAAAUACAUUUGUUUAUAUUUUGCUUGGAGAGAAAUGAACUACUCGGACUGAAGUUUUGAAAUAUAUGUACAUAAAAUGUUUAUGCAAAAGUAAAAGUGUUAGACACAGCAAUAAAAAUAAAUUCAUA